AGUUGAGCAUUUGUUUUGAGACGCGCACGCGAGCUACUCUCUAAGCGAGUUUUGUGUUUCUUAUUCACAGAGCAGCUGCCUGUCAGUCUGCCUGCCUGCCUGCCGCUUCGCUUACUUAUGCUUGACUACACGUUUUUCAGUGUGUUUUAAACGUUGCGGGAGAGUUGGCUUUGUGAGUUGGUGACCGCAUUUGGAAAAUACCGCAGUAGUUCUUUAUAAGAAGAACAAACAAAAAUCGAAAAAUUGAAGCGCACACUUGCGUAAGUCCACGCGCUCAAUACAUAAAUAAAAGGAUCAUUUGCUAACAAGAUAUGCACUGAGAAAAUAUUCAAAAUUUUAUGUAACAACGUGCCAGCGUUCGUGUACAAAGGUGCGAAGUUAAAGCAAAAACUCCGAGCUUCAAGCUCGCCAUUGUAAAACAGUAUAGUGCGUAGUGAAAGUCAAACACCAGCCAAAGUUUUAAAAAAUAAAAAACCAAAACACAUUUACGAUCUAAAGCUAAAAAUGUCUAAGCCACACCCCAUGGAGAUAUCCAAUAUGGAUGUGGAAUUCCACGAGCGCAAAGCAGAACCCUUUGUGCUGGGUAGAUUUCUGUAUAAUUCAGCGGAGGGUACGGUGAUGGGACGUGACCGCACCUCAUGGGCAAAGAUCGGCAUUUUCUACACAGCCUUCUAUGGUGUAUUGGCUGCACUGGUGGCCAUUUGUAUGUGGGUAUUCUUUCAGACGCUUGAUCCGCGCAUACCCAAAUGGACUUUGGAUAGUUCCAUAAUCGGCACAAAUCCAGGUCUUGGCUAUCGCCCAUUGCCACCAGAGGAUAAUGUUGAAAGUACGCUGAUUUGGUACAAAGGUACGCAGCACGAGAAUUACAAGCACUGGACGGAUUCUUUGGAUGAGUUCUUAGCAGUCUACAAAGUGCCUGGCUUAACCCCCGGCCGAGGUCAGAAUAUCUACAACUGUGACUACAAUCAACCGCCACCAAAGGGACAAGUUUGCGAUGUGGACAUUAAGACGUGGACUCCCUGCACCAAGGAGAACAAUUACAGUUACCACAAAAGUUCACCAUGUGUCUUCUUGAAAUUGAAUAAAAUUUAUGGCUGGAUACCGGAGUACUAUAACGACUCGAAAGAUUUGCCCGUUAAUAUGCCAACGAGUUUGAAAUCCUACAUCAAUGAAAUUGAAACAUCGCAAAGUCAUAAGUUGAACACCAUUUGGGUUUCAUGCGAAGGCGAGAAUCCUGCUGAUCAAGAAAAUAUUGGCCCCGUCAAUUACUUGCCAAUUCGUGGCUUCCCCGGCUACUUUUAUCCCUAUCAGAACUCUGAGGGUUAUCUCAGCCCGCUCGUUGCUGUGCACUUCGAACGACCGAAGCGUGGCAUCAUCAUCAAUGUCGAAUGUAAGGCAUGGGCACGCAACAUCAUACACGAUCGCAAGGAGCGAUUAGGUUCCGUGCACUUCGAGUUGCUGAUCGACUAACAGAGUGUGGGCAAGAUUUUCAAUGUCUACAACAUUUAGAGAGCAACAAAACGAGGCCGCAAACGUUGCGUCGUACAGGAGCAGCAUAGAUUUUUCAGCAUUAUUGUAAACAUAAAAAACUUAUAAACAUAUUUAUAUACCAAGGAGCUAUGCAGUCGAACGAUUACUCUCUAUUAUAAAUACAAACACACACACACAUGCAUACAAAAACAGGAAAAAAAACACUGAAUUUUUAGAACAAUGCAAGGGUUCUAUAUUAAUGAAAAUUACUGCUAUUUUUCUAAUUUUAUUUAUCUAUUUGAUUUCCAUUAGUUUAUGUGAUUGCUUUUGUUUAUCUUUUAAGAAGACAAUGUAACUAUGUGUAAAAAUAUGAGAAGAAGAAGAAGAAAAAACCAAUUAUAGAAAUCGUUAAAUAAUACCAAAUGUAUGUACUUUCGAUCACUGUGAAACGAUUUUCUCUACACUUUAUGCCACAAAUACGAGAAUGACGUACAACACUGUGCAAACUCUUGACAAACCCAAUUCCUUCUAGACAAACCAUAAAUCCCCAAUCGAAGCAUAACUUAAAUCUCAAAUAUGGAUUGUAAAUAUCUACAGACGUAUCCAUACGCAUACAUAUAUACAUAUAAACGAGUACCAAAUGCGAGUAGUACGAAUUUUAGCUUUUUCUCCAAAAUAUACAAAUGUACCUAUGUAUGUAGAUGUUCUCCGAAAAUUUUAAUUUACCGCUUUUAGGGGCGCUCAUCGAAAUUCGCUUACAUUUACGCGAGUAUUACACUGCACUGUACGUGCAUGCAUACAUACACACAUACAUACGUUAUGCAAGCACACACACACUUUUAUCGGUGGACUUUUGACAAACAAUUUUUUUUGACUUUAAGCGGCGUGGAUUUGGGUUCAAUAAAACUUCCUCGUUCAUAGAAAAUUUCAAUAUUUGCGCGUACAGCCGCACACAAAUUUUCUCUUCUGUAUUGAAGUACAGAUAUCCCAUCAGAAGCAAUUAAUUUAGUGCUUGAUGAAAAGAAAGUGCUAAGUUGCCUUAAGUUGUUUUGUCAAAGCUACACAGAUAUUUUAUUGUAUUUUAAGUUAACUGCCAUUGUUAUUUUGACGAUUUCCAGUAUUGAACCGCAAAUAAUUUGGUACAAAAGUCAGUGGUUUACAGAUGAGAAAAAUUGUUUCAUUUAGCUUAAGUUGAAUUUGAGUUGUUGUUGCUUAAAAAUUUAAUUAAUAAAUAAUUGAAAAUACAAAAUAAAGACGUAAAUAAAAUUAAAAAAAAGUUGGAGAUUUUAUAAGCGAAGCUUUAUAAGAACUCGUUAAAAUAUAUGGAAAGAAAAUUCGAAAUAAAGGCAUGCGAAUAUUAUCAAAACGGCGCUUUAGUGCUAAUUGGAGAGGCCAAACGGGUACUAAUCUGGGUCAGCCACUUCAGCUACCUAUAUUCGAAUAUUAUGCGAAACUAUUAAUUGCGGUGGGGCUUAAGAUUUCACAAAAUACAUUACAUACACAUACAUAUACACACGAUGUAUUGUCAUACAACACGAAGCAAUUAGAAAUUUUCGAAAAGCGCGAUAAUUUUAAUAAAAACUCGCAGCGUGACAUUUUUUCACACACUUGAAAAUUCAUCAGGCCAAUGAGUCUGAUAUAUGCACAUGUAGUGCUGCAGAGGAUUUUCAUGGCUACCAACAAAAGACACGGAAUUUCAAAACCGGUAUUUCAAAUUCGAAGUAAAAAAGUCGGGAAGAAAGUUCCAGGUCCUUAUAAAGAUUCUUACACAUAGAAAACUGGGCAGUCUGAAACUCUUUUGAUUCGAAUUUCGGGAAAUUCUGCAUUUCGAAAA